AUGAAAAUCCAAUCCUUAUUGCUGCUAUGCAGCAGCACAGCUUUGGUCUGGGGAGCGAAGUGUCCUCAAGCCAUAGGCGAGAAUGGUGCCCAGGCUGUUGAACGCUACAAAGCGACAGGCCAAUGCAGCGACGUCCUGGGGAUUGCAGAUACGUUGGAAAAGCGUGUUCCAGUCACAAAGAAACCGGCCGCUCCUGUUGUACCUCCCAAAAAGCCCACGCCCCCAAAGACGCCCCCAAAGAAUCCACCCGUAACAAGCCCAUCGCCGCCUGCGAAGCCACCAGCCAACCCAGUAACGGCACCCAAAAGCAUAACUUCCUCGGCCGCACCUAUUGGAACUCGCGGUGCAGCAUGUAUGUACUGUAAUGAAGGUAAGAAGAAGACGCCAACGACGAAGCCGAAAAACAUAGCCCGUGAUGACAAGUAUGGAGCCAUGUUUGAGCGGGCUACGACGCCAGCCAAGCCAGGCCAGCAACGACCCGCCACUCAAAAUCCGGUGUGCAUCAAGCCGCCAGCUUCGGAUCGUACGGGAAAAAGAAGUAUCUCAGAGGUUGCCCGCGAUCUGAUCUUCCCCCGUGCCCUCAUAGAGAAGGACUCCAAGGUUGACACUAUGCUGGGCACCGCCAAAACCAAGUGGAUCUGUUCUGUUGGCAAAUACGCACCGACAGCAGACGCGAAGAAGAUCGCUGAGAUUACAAAGUACUGGACUUUCCAGGACCCUGCUGAUCCGGACAAGUGCACUGUUGAGGUAGGCCGAGUGGCACAAAUCGACAUUUCUGCCACUGAUAAAUAUGAAACCGACCACGUCUACGAAGCGCAGACGCUGGCUAAUUUUAUCAAAUGGCUGGCAGAUGAGAACGGCAACAUCGGAACGACGUACAAGAAGCCAACAGCCGAUUGGGUAGAAAAGCAAAUCCUAGGACAGGGGCCCUUCCGGAUCGUCAGUCCAGGUAAUACGGCCGCUGGAUCACUCUACACACCUAGCACGGGCGAGAUCCCUGUCGUUCUCAUGGCGUACGGCUUUGGCAGAUCCGAUGGAGUCGAGGGUACCUCAGCAGGUAAGACGGUUGAACGAGUGCCCAGAGAGCGAGGCAAUAAGAACCUGGUCCUAUUGGAUAAGAACAUCAAUGGGCCAAAGGGGAUCUGGUUCAAGAAGAACAAGCUUAACAGCGACUGGAAGGGUCACGUAUCCCAAGAAGAUGCCCGAUUGGAAGUGCGCAGGGCUGUAGGGACAUUUAAAUACCUGUCAGCCCGCGAGGGCACAGUGGACACCAUGUGGAAGAAAUGGGCGCGUGUUUCCAACUGGAUCGACCUUGUCUGCGACACGUUCGACAAGCAAUACAAGUGGGGAAGUGAUCCCGGCGAGCCCAAAAACCUCCCUGGGAAAACUGGCCCAGUGUCGCUACGAUCUAUCUAUGCAUUCUUCAUCGACAAGGAGCUGCGCGAAAUCGAGGAAACGGCAGCAGACUGGGCCAAGGGAGCAAAAGCUGGGUUUGAGGCCAAGUGGGAGGGAAAAGGCAAAACUCCCCUCACCAAGGCUGAGAAGGAGUGGAAGGACGAAGCUUUUGGUCCGACUGGCUAUGCUACUGCGGCGAAGAUGAAGUUCCCUCGACCCCAAGGUCGUCCUGCUGGGUCAGGUGAAUAUGGGGCUUAUGGUUGGGGCCAUGCCGGUAAUGAUGCUCGCGGUAUUGACCCCGCCAUUGGACUCCCGACUAUCAUUACGUAG